AAACUCACUACUUCUUUCAAGGCUUCACAGUAUGCUGCACAUCUCUACGAUGCGUUUUAUAUAUACGCAGUUGCCCUGAAUCGUACGUUGGCCCAGAAUCCUCAGAUGGCUGCGAUGAAAAAUGGAAGCCAGAUCAUGAACAAUGCUGCGAUGUACUUUGAAAGUAUUUCGGAAAUGGUGGAGAUUGGACCAAACGGCACUCGUUAUCCGUCUUUCUAUCUGGAUUCGUUUGAACGAUGA